AUGUUCAAGUUGUUGUCGAGAGCGAGAACGUUAAGGUUUCCUCUCGCCUCAAUUCCUCCGAUGACUACUCUUGGGGUGAAUCAUGGCGGUGCCCGCUGGAGCAACGCGGCCCUUGUCCAAGAUGCUCAGACUUUUGAUGUGGACUCCAUCAAGAAGCGUAUUGGGUCAAUGCUAUCCAAGUCUUUUUCAAUAGACUACCUUUCCAAAGUUGGAGUGACUGGCAUCGCUUUCCCUUGGACCGUGCUUCAGCAUUAUGGCAAUUCCAAGGAGAUGAUUGCCCAAGUCGAUGUUGACCCAGACAACAUGGACUUGGCUUGGGACGCCGAUUCUUGGGCCGCUAUCCUCGACUCUGCCUCCUCAAUUGGCGCCACCGUAUUUGCUGACGAUGAAAAGCUACGAAUCGUCUCUCAAAUCGAUAGGCUAACGCUCUACUCUAGUAUAAAUCCUCCGAAACUUUGCUAUAUUUACGCUGCAGAGACAGAUAGCGCCGAGUGUGCCCAAAGCCGAUCUGCAGAUAUCUGUAUUCUCAAUGUUAAAGGCGGGCUUCUUGUCAAGAUUGAGGGAAUCAAACUGACUGAGAUUGAGGGCGGCGCCGGGAUUGGUGGAGUUUGGGUUCCGCCUCGCCUGUCUGAGAAGCCCGUACUCCCCAAACGGGUUGUCCUAAUAUCGGAAGACAGAAGCAUACUUGACCAGUACGAGGAUGAUUUACAGGAAUGCGUUUCGAAGGUAGUUAGAGCCAAUGCUGUGCAGGAGCUCAAGAGCGCAAACAUCGCCGCUAUGUUGGGCGGGAAAGAUUGCGCGGUGGUUUACUGCUCGGGCCAGGUCCAGGCACUUGGAGAUAUUGCAAUCUCUGUUUAUAGAUUCAUCUGUGAAGUGGCAGCAGCUGUUAAAAUAAUUGUCGAGAACAAACUACCGGUUAAAUUCUUUAUUAUCACGAAUAGGGGUUUCGCUGCUGAUGGAGCCGCCGCCCUUGCUCAAGCCCCUCUAUAUGGUCUUGCCCGCAUCAUUGCUAUGGAAAACUCUGACAUCUGGGGUGGUCUGAUUGACAACGAAGGACCAAAAUUUCCCAUCCUACCCUUCAAGUAUGCCCAAGGACAGGAUGUUACCCGCCUGAUAGACGGUGUGCCUCGAAUUGCACGUUUCAGACCGUUCUCGACGGAUCAGCGCCACCCAGCUUCAACCACUACUACCUUGCUGCCUCAACCUGAGGGCACUUAUGUCAUUACUGGAGAUCUCGGUGAUCUCGGCCUUGAGACUUGUGACUUUCUCAUUGAAAAGGGGGCACGCCGUAUUGUCAUCGUAUCUCGUCGUGAUCUACCGCCUCGCAACCAGUGGGCAAGCACCUCUAACAAGAUGGCUCCCAUCCUCACACUCGAUAUUGGUGCCAAUGAUGCCCAUGCAAAAUUAAUAAACUCGCUAGAUCAUCUCUCGCUGCCUCCUGUUCUCGGAGUGAUUCACGCCAGCGGAGUUCUCGAGGACAAUCUCCUGGUCAAUACAACCCCAGACUCAUUCUCGCGGGUCUUGUCACCCAAGAUCUCAGGCGCUCUUGCUCUCCACAAAGCAAUCCCUCCUACAACUGUUGACUUCUUUGUUCUCUACUCGGCUAUUGGGCAACUGCUUGGAACGUCAGGCCAAAGCUCUUACGCCUCUGGCAACGCCUUUUUGGAUACUCUGGCAACCCACCGCAGGAGUCAGGGUGACAACGCAAUUGCUUUCCAGUGGACUGCAUGGCGAGGUCUUGGAAUGGCCAACUCCGCCUUCCUCUCUAUCGAGCUUAAAAGCUCCAUUGCUUGGGAACAUGUGUCGAAAUAUAAUGUCGACCACGCCGUCGUUACACGCAUCCUUGCCGUCGAUGAAGAGUUGCCGACUCCGUUAUCAAUUCUUGAAGACAUUGCCGUACAUAGUUCGCGCGCACGAAAAGAUGCUGCACCUGUAGAAAGUAAAGGUGACAUCGCAGCUCGCCUAACGGCUAUUCCAGAGCUCAAGAUCUGGCUAGAUCAGAAGGUUCUCGAGUGCCUUGCGUUGAUCUUGAAGAUAGAUGAUAUAGAAGACAUAGAUCCCCGUGUCGCUCUGACAGACAUCGGUGUUGACAGCGUCAUGACUAUCGUACUGAGACAAAAGCUACAGAGUGUGUUCAAGGUAAAAGUGCCGCAGACACUGACAUGGAAUCAUCCCACAGUGGUAGCCAUGGUGGACUGGUUCCUGGAACAGUUUUAG